AUGCAUGAACAUUUUUCAACCAAAUACAAUGUGCCGAAUGAUGUGGCCGAUGAGAUAACAUCGACGUAUCUGCAUAAUUUCCGUCGUUGUCCCGACAACAUUGAUCUAUCUCUGGACGUUUGGAGGCAACAUUUAUGGUGUCAAGCAUUAUCACAGCAUAAAUACAAUUCACUUACAUCGGCUAUUUAUGAAAAAUGGUUGGAAUUACGUUACAAGUACCUUGAAUUAAAACCUGAAACGCUUGCACUAUUGCAAUCGUUACGCAGCUGCUACAGAUUGGCGAUCCUAACGAAUGGACCAUCAAAUGCACAAUGGGAAAAGAUAAAUCGCUUACACUUAACUAAAUAUUUCGACUGCAUUUUAGUGUCCGGUGACUUGCCCUGGGAAAAACCUGAUCCAAACAUAUUCUAUGCUGCUUGCAAUCAUUUGGGCGUUGCGCCCAGUGAAUGCGUUAUGGUUGGCGAUAAAUUAGAAACAGAUAUUCAGGGAGCAAAUGUAGCGAGAUUAGGUUGCUCGAUAUGGAUGCCAUUGAAUGGUGAUACCGCAAACGCCAACACACAAAUUAAACCAGACUUUACGAUCUUUGAUUUGAAAGACUUAUUGAAUAUUUUACCAAUAAGCGAAUAUUGUCAUAGUGAUAAUAGUACGAUCAAGACGAAGACUAUGAUGAAGAACGCAAUGAUGAGACGAAAUAGCGGACCGUCGGCAACGAUGAAGACGACUACGACGUCUAUGAUAAAACGCUUGCACCAACCGAUCAGUUUGGCCGAUCUGGAUUUGGACAAUGGAAAUAGCAACAGUUCAGAUGGCAGCUGA